AUGCUGUUUGCUUUUCUCAGGCAGAAUAAUAUUCGGAGGGCCACGAGCGUGUUGCGUCUUUAUAUGACUGAUAUGAAUCGAUUUUACCCCAUUGGACCGUUAUUUGCUGAUGGUGUUUUCAAAAACGCAGAUACUCUGCAGUACAUGGGUGGUGAAGUGUUUGCCCUGUACGAGUGGAAUGCAGGACAAGGGCGUGUUGUGCUCGCACACCUCACUGAGCAACUGGAUGAAAUAAAUACUGCGCUGAGGAAUUGGGAUGCAGUCGACAAGAAAGUUACAACGCCUUGCACUUCCACCAGCAAAGAGGGAACCGCAUCCGACGGUGCCUGCAGCACUCCUACGCCCGCGGAUGGACUGGUCGGAUAUUUGUCCAACGAGGGUGAGAGGGAUUGCUGGGUGAACGAAUAUCUCGCGGCGAGUGCCACGGUGGUUGGGACGGCAACGAAGGUUGAGGGCGGUGCGACGUUUGAGGGGCCUGGGGUGUGGGCAGAGUGGCCUGUGGGUAAUCGGUGGCGAGAUCAACGAUUCCACAUUGUGAAGAAGAAGUUCACUCUUUUGGUGACGGUGACGAUUGGGACGGCUCCUGCGGGCAGCGGCAGCGCCCUUAUGGUCGCUGUGGGUGGCGCUGGGAGUGUGAGGAUGGUGGGACUGUCAGUCACGGCGGAGAAUAAGCGGGAGGCGACGUUUGACGGUGAGGCGGGAGAAGUGCAGCACGGGAACUGCGGGCUCAAGAGAACGUACCGGGUGGCAUUCGUGCUCCACAACGGCAUGGGCACCGUGUGCGUGGGUGGCAAAACUUUGGGGAGCUCAGCAACGACAGUUACACGUGGGGCGCAGUUGCUCGACGUCUCAUGCUUCUACGUUGGAGGUGACGGUUGCGGUGGCUCAGGCUCCAGUCAGGUGACGCUGACGCAUUUCUGUCUGUGCAACCGCCCACUGACCGGGCAGGAACUACAGAUGCCCCUUUUGCGUGGCAAACAGACUGAAGCGGGUUGCAAGGAGGGAAAAGCGACACUGCGCCCCGGGAAUUUUGCGGCCAAACUGCCACAGGAUCCGGGCGUUGACGCGGCUGCGGGGGAAAUGUUGCCAGUGCCCGCCAAGGGGGAAUUUGGCGCGGGAAACAGCACCACUGAUGUCAAUGGCUCUACUGUUUUAUUGUUCCCAAAAUGA